AUUUAUACUUACCUAACAUUCAAGAUGUUCAUAUACGAAACUAACCAAAACCUUCUCUUUUAUUUGAGAAAUUAAAAGCAAUAAUAAUUUCUCUGUUCCCAGUUGCACAGCAACUGCAAUGCUAGAAAGCGUAAAUCGCCCCCUUCAUUAAAUUACAACCGCUCUCCUUUCUCCCUUUCCCACUUCCCACUUCCCACUUCGCUCCUCUUUUUUCCACUCCUAUAUUGUUAUUAUUCUUAUUCUUAUUCUUAUUCUUGUUCUUAUCUCCCCACUCCGAUCCCCACCUCACUCUGAUCUCUCUCUCCCUCGUCGAUCGAUCAAUUUAUGGUCGCGAUCUGAAGCGGAUCUCAAAACCCUAAUUCUCACUCCCUCCCGAUCUUGCGGCGGCGGCGGCGGCGGCGGCGGCGGAGGGGAGAAUGGGGCACGUGAACCUACCACCGCCGAGGAGGGGCGGGGCGGGGGCGGGGGCGCGGGCGUGGACGGUGCUGGACGUGGUGUGCGCCUGCUUCUUGGGCGGCGUGGUGGUGUUCUUCGUGCUCGUCUUCACCUCCCUCGGCGACUCCCUCGCCGCCUCCGGCCGCCGCUCCCUCGCCCGCUCAUCCUCCCCCUCCGACCCGCGGCAGCGCGAGCGCGUCCUCGCCCUCUUCGACUCCCGAUCCCCAACCUCCGCCUCCGCCGCCGCCGCCGCCGCCGCCAUCGACGCGUGCGCCGCCGACGAGGUCGAGUACAUGCCCUGCGAGGACCCCCGCCGCAACAGCCAGCUCAGCCGCGACAUGAACUUCUACCGCGAGCGCCACUGCCCCGCGCCCCCCGACGCCCCGCUCUGCCUCGUCCCCCCGCCCCCCGGCUACCGCAUCCCCGUCCCCUGGCCCCAGAGCCUUCGCAAGAUAUGGCAUGAUAACAUACCGUAUGGUAAAAUCGCCGAGAGAAAAGGUCAUCAGGGUUGGAUGAAGGUAGAAGGCUCGUACUUUACGUUUCCCGGUGGCGGAACUAUGUUUCCGGACGGAGCGGAACAAUACAUUGCCAAGCUCGGACAGUUUAUUCCGAUAAGCGGGGGUGGGCUCAGGACGGCUCUUGAUAUGGGUUGUGGGGUUGCGAGUUUUGGGGGAUCUUUGCUUAAAGAAAAUAUUAUGACGCUAUCCUUUGCGCCGAGGGAUUCGCAUAAAUCACAAAUACAAUUUGCUUUAGAAAGGGGAAUUCCUGCAUUCGUUGCAAUGCUGGGCACACGGCGGCUUCCUUUUCCAGCACACUCCUUCGACUUGGUUCAUUGUUCGCGAUGUUUGAUUCCUUUUACCGCUCAUAAUGGAACUUAUCUGAUUGAAGUGGAUCGUUUACUUCGUCCGGGAGGGUAUCUAGUUAUAUCCGGCCCUCCCGUGCAAUGGGUUAAUCAGGACAAGGAAUGGAAUGAGCUGCAAGAUAUGGCUCGUGCUUUGUGUUAUGAACUGAUUACUGUGGAUGGUAACACUGCCAUCUGGAAGAAGCCUUCAGGACCCUCGUGUCUUCCUACCCAAAAUGAAUUUGGGCUUGAUCUAUGCAGUGAUAAUAAUGACCCAAAUGAAGCUUGGUACUUCAAGUUGAAGAAGUGCGUAAGCAAAGCCUCCUUCGUGGAAGAAAUAGCUGUUGGCUCGAUUGAAAAAUGGCCAGAGAGACUCUCCACACCGUCUGCAAGGGUCUCAGUCAUGAAGAAUGGAGUUGAUGUGUUUGAAGCUGAUACUCGGCGGUGGAUCAGACGAGUUGCAUAUUAUAAGAAAUCUCUUGGUGUGAAGCUUGGAACUCCACAAAUCCGAAAUGUUAUGGACAUGAAUGCAUUUUUCGGAGGCUUUGCGGCAGCUCUUAUUUCCGAUCCUGUCUGGGUUAUGAAUGUUGUUCCUGCUCGAAAACCACUAACCCUUGGAGUUAUUUACGACAGAGGUCUGGUUGGAGUUUAUCAUGAUUGGUGCGAGGCUUUCUCAACUUAUCCUCGAACAUAUGAUCUCAUUCAUGCAGCAGGAAUCAACUCCUUGAUAAGAGACCCAACUUCUGGCAAUAGCAGGUGUCAUCUUGUUGAUCUCAUGGUGGAGAUGGAUCGCAUGCUCCGCCCAGAAGGUACUGCAAUUAUAAGGGAUUCAUCGGAAGUGAUCGAUAAGGUGGCACGAAUUGCUCAUGCAAUUCGGUGGAACAUACAAAUUCACGAGAGUGAGCCUGAAUCACGCAGCGGUGAGAAAAUUCUCGUGGCAACAAAGAUAUUUUGGAAGUUACCUUCAGCCUCACACUGAAGUAGUUUUCCUAUUUUGGGGUGCAUGCAUGUGUCAUUGCCUUUUGUUUUCCUUUUUGGGGAGGGGGUGGAGUAAUCCAGCCUUGAUGCAGCUAAAGUUCAAGUAGGUUGUCCAAUCUUAUAUAUAUUCUUGUAAGAAGUGAUCCUAACAUUAAUUAUAUGUCUCAUGUUAUUUUUUAAAUCGGUGCCCAAUAAUCAUAUUUAGUUCUCAGAGUAGUCGGGUUAGUUGCAAGUCUUGUGAUGUACUAAGAUUUAGUAAUAGAAAUUGGCUCCCUUCUUGUUCCCCUUUUGAGUUUUUCAAUGGAAAAAAAUUAAAAAAACAAAGGAAUUGUAUCA